AUGGAAAUGCUUGCAGCGGGCGUUGCUGGUGGCCUUUUCGGUUACAAUCGAGAAAACUUCUUCUUCGAUGGCGAGCAAAGGAUAAAGCGUGAGUACCAAGGUCAGCUGAUGCGAGUCAAGCAGUUCGAACUCUUCAGAGAAGACAUACGUGAUUUAAUGGAGCUCACGGUUGCCAAAAUGGACAACUACUUAAUUGUGAACACGAUCCAGAUUGGUCUCGUCGUGGUGCUCUUCACCGAGGGACGUCCGCAACCUGGCGUGUCUCCUCCGUGGCUGCUCUUCUUGUGGGCAGCCACUGGAGUCGGUUCCAUGAUGUACAUAACACUCUGCAUCUGGCUUGCGAUGCAUGCCUCAAUCUGUUCCCACUCUUUCUGUGUGCGGAUGCUGACGCAGCUGGUUCGUUUACCCAUCCCCAGCAAGGAGCAGAUGGACGCAGCACGUGUGCUGGCGACAGACUUCGAGGGUGCUCAGACGAGGGAGAUGUUCCGCGUACCGGUGGUAAAAGAGCAGCUCAAAAAGUUGCAAAGAAUCGUAGAUCAGGAAGCCUUCGAGGAAGACGCGGCAGACGCAAACGCAGACAUUUCCAACGAUGCCGCGGCAGAGGAGACCAUGCUGGACUCAGCGGGGCAGCCUGUGGCAACCGACACGCUCAGCCAUGUGAAGCUUUACAGGAGGAUGCAGGCCAACUGGCAAGCCUAUGACGCAUACGCGCGAGUGAGCAUGGCCCUGGGCACCAAUCAGUUCCUGCAGCAACUUGGCUACACCUGCCUCAUCGGCUUCGUGUCCGAGAAUGGUUCGGUGCUGCCUGGGAUGUGUUCGGUACUUAUAUUCAGCGUGUGUGCGGCACUUCUUGUCAGACUGGACCUUUAUGUGUCGUCCUACUCGUUGAUCUUGGCACUGGUCCUGAACACGCUGCCACCUUUCAUCACUGGCGUCUGCUUGAUUCUUCACUCACUGCAGAACACCUAUUUGAACCUUCUCGGUGACACGCUGGUACCUAUACCAGUCUUCCUCCACAUCAUGUGGCUGUUGGUGCUGCUUAUAUGGGCGCAGGGCAAGACCAUCAACGGCAUUGCACUGCCCACCACCUUUCGGGCCGUGCUUUACUUGGAUGUGUUUGGCUGGCUCAGCUCGCGACGUCAGGAGGAGAUCUCCUGGACUCGUCAACAAAGCCAUCGAUCAGUAGAGGAGCAGGAAGCUGCUGGAACGGGAGCCACGGCGUCCUUUCGCCUCAGCGUUGUCAGAGAAGAGGAGCCGCUGCAUUCUGAAAAUGUUCGCGUGCCCUUCCUGCCGAAUCCUGGUGCUGAAGAAGGAAGACGUGGACUUAAGACAUCCCUAGCACGCCUCUGCCGGGAGUUGAAGGCGGAGCUGCACCGCGACCUCUGCUGCUUCGAGCAAGACGGGCUCUCGAGCCUCAUGUCGGACUACGACAAGGAGGAGGUGAAGGCGAUGCGGCGUCUGAUGGAGCGCUUGGACGGGAAGCUUCAGGAGGCCGCCCCAGAGCCGAUGGAGGUCACUCUGCCGUCACAAGCAGAUUCUGUCUGGUUGAAGCUCGAAUGGAACACGGCUGGCCAUGGCAUGGCCUUCUAUCGCCGAGUGGACUCCGAGGACACCAGCAUAGUCUGGACGGAGCCGCCGGCCCCGGCGAAAAUCCUCGAGAUGAACGAAGUCAGGCAGAGGAUCGGCGCUUUGGAGGCCAAGGUCCAGAUGCUCGCGUCGCAGUUCCCAGCUCGGGAAGAAGAGGACUCCAUCGCUUCCGUCGCUUCUUCCUCGUCCUGCUCCGUGGCGCCUGAGCAUUCAAGGCCAGUUGGCUCUGCAAGUUCGACAACGUCCGGCGAGGUAGACUCUCUCUGGCACGGGGCGCCGGACUUGGAAGCUGGCGGCCCGUCCUCGGCACAGGAGACACGCUUCGCUGGCAGUGACGGAGCCGUGCAGCUCACCGAAGUUCGCCAACGCUCCUUCCGACCAAACGAGGCGGCAGCUGGAGGCUUCCAUCCACAUCGGGUACCUGAAAGUCGUGGUGAGCGUGACAGGCACAAAGAGCCUGGACGUUUGCCUUGGAGCACUGUUCAGCAAGGCAGCCUUGUCCUGAUCGCGGCCUGGUGUGCAGGAUUCGUGUGGACGGUGUUGCGGCUGCUGACUGACGUGGUCGACAUCCUGAAGCCACCGAGACCUGUGCCGCACCCGGAUCUGGAUCUUGUCUUUGCCGGGCCAUGGCCGCAGUUCUUCGAGCCUGAAGGGAUGUCGUGCCAGAUGGACGGUUCUGAGCCGAUGUUCUGGCUCGCGGAGAAAUACACUGUUCAUCAGCUGGUCGUCAACCAGAGCUGGACCGUUCACACCAGUCCUCAGGAGGCAGCAUGCUUGUCACAAGCACCAGAGUUUCACUCCUCUGGGCUGCGUGGAAUUUCCCUGCGAUGUGCAAAUGUGGCUCGCAAGGAGGCUUGUCUCCCGAUGCUGGUGGGUGCGGACGGCACCGUCCUGCUUUGCAACCACACCAUGCAAAGGCUGUACUUGCACGGCGAUGUUUCCCACGUGGCCGCAUCCGGCGAUGCUUCCGGGCUGUGGGCGAAGAGGUCGAAGGAUUUGUCUGCCGGCCCAGCAUUUUAUCGGCCACUCGACAGCGGAAAUCAAUCUGACCUAUCUGUUGCAGAGUACGUCUCCACCGUUGAGCUAGGCCAGCAGCCCGUCGCCAGAAAUCAGCACUGGAUGGAUACGCUGGAGGAUGGUGGCCUGCUGGCUCUCAGUGAUUUAGGAGUCCUCCAUGCAUGGAGGCCAGUCGCCAACUCGGCAUCGUGGCUUCCAUCAGGCUGGUUCUUCGACCUGCCCGAACUGGGGCUAAGGUGGCGGGGCCUCUGUACAGUGGGGACGACAGCCUUUCUGUUGGGAAAGAGUCCCGCAGCAGGCCGAGUGGAGCUCUGGAAGAUGCAGCUGCCGUCCUGA